GAGUUCAGCCACUACGCUGUCCGGCAGUGAGAGGGCUGACUGUCUUUUCUCUGACUUUAUUCACCUCAUCUUUCACCUCUUUGCUUUUCCUCUUCUGCUUCUUCAUCCACAUCAAGGUAAGUUUGGACAAUCUUAAAUGUCAUUAAGGUCUCGUGAAUUGAUGCUCCGAGUUUGAGUCCGAAAGAAAUUCCAUUUCAGUGCUGCUUAAAUAACCUGUAAACUGAGAUUUUCUUUAACUGCGUGUUGAUAGAAUGGAUAAAACCCACAACAUGACUCAGAUUUGAAACACCAGCAUUUAUGAUCUUGUGUUAAACGGCAGCUCGGGUAGUUCGGAGUAUUCAGUGUUCUGUGUAUUCAGCGUAUUGCGGCCAAGCCAAAAGAGGCUCUGAAACAGUAACCUUUAGUCUGCUGGUAAACACAACAGCUGCAUCUGAAACCUCAAGUGACUCUAAACCAGCUACAUGGUUGAUGCAUGGCAUGGAUUCACCACAUUACGAUGCAGAACCGUGUUUGGGAUGUUGAUAAUCCUCACAGCGUUUCACAGAGAACAGCGACGCUACAUCCAUCCAACACUUAGGUCUGAACACAAUCAUUCAACUGAGAAAUUUGGAACAAUCAAUUUAAAACCAAAGAGAUGAAACCUAAUCACAGAAAUAAGCCUUGCUUUUUUAACAAAGACACAACAACAAAGAAAAAAAAAACAUUAAAUCACUCUAAAUCAAUUCUCCUUAACGUCAGUUGAACUUUAAGGUGAAUGUUAAUAAAGCAGGUUGGAAUGAGGAUUUCGAAACAAACAGAAGUUUAUAGUUUGCGACUAAUUUAUUUAUUUCUUCUACUUGAAAAUAGUUCAAAGACAAUAAAGAAAAAUUUGAAACUUUUGAUUUAUAAAUUAAUUAAAUUAACUAUUUGAAUUUGAUGUUAUCAACACAUUUCAAAACGUUCUGUCAGGGUCAUGUUUACGGCUGUAUUGCAUCACUUCUUCACUCAACAUUAGUGAACCCAGGAGACUUGGAGCUUGGGAAGUGAAACGUUGGCCUGAUAGAGGUUUUCAGCUGCUCAACAGUUCAGGAUCUCCUUUGUCCUUUUUUUGGUCUCCAAGUAUUCUCAAUGGGGGAUAAGUCCAGACUACAUCAGUCCAGUUUCUCAGCAGGACUCUUCUCCGUGUUAUUGUCUGCUGAAAUAUGAAGGUCUUCCCUGAAAGUGUCAUUGUCUGGAUGGCAGCAGAUGUUGCUCCUAAACCUGUAGAUAUUGUUCAGCAUUAAUGGAGCCUUCACAGAUGGAGGAUACCCAUGACAUGGACUCUGAUGAUCCCCAUACUAUCAGGGAUGCUGGACUUGGACUAGAAGAUGAGAACAAGCCUGGUACAAAGAGAAGGAUACAGUGGCGAUGAUUUUCUAAAGGAAUGUCAGAUUUUGAUUCGUCAGCCCACAGGACAGUCCCCUUAGUCCACCUUAACUGGGUGGUUUCUGGAUCCUGUGGUUUUUAAAGUUUUAAUGCAGUGCUACAUGAGGGCCUGAAGAUCAGAACCAUCCAGUCUUGGUGUGAGGGACCAAGCAAUCAGGCAAAGGACAAAGGUGUGGAAAAAGAUCUUUUUCCUUUAUUUACUUGAAAAAAUAGAUUAAAUCAUAACAAAUGUUCAACUUAAUUUGGUAGAAAAAAAAGAAACAAAACCUGGGCCCAUUCUAAAAAAGGAUAACUCAGCAAAAACAACUAAUGCUACCACAUAACAUAUUCAAACAGGCCUAACUAAAGUGAGACAUGCUGGGGGUUUAAAUAGACAAAGGACUAGUCCAACAGAAACACAAGGGGGAAACUAAAUGUGACUCCAAACUAAACAUUUAACAAACUCAGAAAAAUAGCUUCAAAUCAUCAAAACAAACUAUUCACAGAAUAAACUAAAUUGCCUUUACGAACUGAAAAGAACACAAACAGAAGAUCGGAGAUGAAAUAAAAGUCCAUGCAGCCCCUGUGUUCCCCCUCCAUGGUCUCUCCCACUUCCUGUGGGCAGGGCUUAAAAGGCCAUCUUGGAUCAGCAGACAGCCCUUUGCCAGGAAAACGAGGUAGUGGCAGUUUAGGCCACCACACUUGGUUUUGGUCCUUAGAUCCUCUGAAUCCUUGAAUGAUGUUAUGUUCUGUAGAUAAUGAAAUCCGCUCAGGAUCAUUAUUCUGAAACUGUUGAACUGUUAGCUCACACAGUCUCUCACAGAGUGGUGAACCUCUUCCAUCUUUCCUCCUGAGAGACUCAGCCUCUCUGAAUGUCCCUUUUAAACCCAGUCAUGUGACUAACCUGUUGGACAUUUGCUUCAUUCGUUGGAGAUCUUCCUCCAGCUGUUUUUAAGCAUUACGAUUUUUACUUGUUUGCCCUAACCCCAACCCUGACCCUUUAUCACAACUUUUUGGUUGAACAUACAUUUUCAAAAGAAUUUGUGAGCAUCAAAUAUCAAUAAAUUCUGUUUAGCUCCAGCAUUUGAUUUGUGGUCUUUGCAACAUUUUUGAUUAGAUAAAGGUUUUAAGUGAGUCUUGUUGGUGUUUUAAAGUCAUGCUCCUCAUGGUAAAACAUUUCCUCCUUCUUUCAGACUGGUUCUCUGGAAAUGAAGCUGUAUCUUCUGCUUUUCUUGCACUGUCUCUGCAGUCUUGGGCUGACUGUAAGAACCUCAGUUUUGUACUUUAUCAAUUCUUUCUCAUUAUGUAACUGUGAUUGUGUGAUUGUGUAGAGUAAACCCUGUCUGUCUUCCUGUCUUCAGGAAGACCCCAGUUCAGGACCUCCUGAUGUCUCAGAUCCCUCAGAACAAGAGGAGAUGGAGAGGAGUGAUCAGAGCUGUAGUGGACCACGGAUUUUCAGUCCUGAGGAGCGCAGAGUUGUAGGGGGCACCAUAGAGCGACUGGGUUUACAGCUACUGGAAAACCUUCCUUUUGAUCCUCAGCAGCCGAAUAUCAUCUUGUCCCCUCUCAGUAUAGCCCUGGCUCUCGCCCAGCUCACUUUAGGUCAGUAUAGAGAAUAUAAAGUCCAAAAGUUCAAAGUUUUCUGGUCUACCUUUAAUCAAUAACUGAUGUGAUCCCAUUACAUAGACCUGAAGCGAAAUAGCACCCUGAAUCUUAAUCUAACAAGUUUUUACCUUUUGAUUAAAUAAUUCAACCUUUGCUUGUUCACAUGUCAAUGUGCAGGCCACAGAAACAAUUGACGUUUUCCCUUCAGGUGCUCGAAAUGAGACAGAAAAACUGCUGCUGGAGAGCCUCCAUGCUCACAGUCUGCCGUGUUACCAUCACGUCCUGGGAGGUCUUCUGCCUCAUUUCAGAAACACGUCACUGGAUGUGGCGACCCGCAUGUACCUGAGACCAGGUAAGAUGUCAAGCAGCUGAUGGUGGAGUUCAACUGUAUUUGGUUUGGGAAGAUUUGUCUCACCUUACUCUUUCUUUUUUUCUUUUUUAAUCUUCCAGGAUUUGACGUGAAGUUGUCUUUCGUUGAGGAGUCUCUGGCCAGGUGACAGCCACGAGCAAUCCACAAGAACACUUAUGUGAUACGGCAAAAUGGCUCAGCUAAAAGUUUAACAUCAAAUUCAGACAAAGUCAGAUUACUUCAAACAAUCUUUUCUUAGUGAGGUGCUAUGCUGUAACAGAACUCUUGUUCUUGUUAAAGUUGAAAGUACAACCUACAAGAAGUCUUCAGUUUUAGACCGAGGAAGUGGUGAAAAACUGGAUGCAGACUGCAGCUGUAUGUCAGCCAAAGAUAUCCUCUGAUUCAGGUCUAGAAAUACUUGUUACCAAAUCCCACUCCUGAGCUGACUGGGUUCGUACACACCUGGACUACCAGGUAACCUGGGGUCCAUCCUGCUCUCCAGUUAGCACUGAAGUCCCUCACCCCUACCCCUUGGUCUGUUGAGUAUAGUUCUUCCCUCAGUGAAAUCUGGUUUCCACGAUGAAUGUCAUCUUCUAUUUUUGAAUCACUCGUUUUUUCAGUUUGAGUGUUUAAUUGCCGUCAAAACGCUCUAAGGUUAAGCAUUUAUAUCCACCCUAUGAUGCUAUGAUGUAUUCUGUUCUCCUCAGGUACCAAUCACAACCUGUCCCUCUGGUCUCUGUGGAGGAGGUCAACCAAUGGGUGGAGAAUGCCACCAAUGGUCACAUACCUAACUUCCUUGAAAGUAUCCCUCACGAUGUGGUGCUUAUGCUUUUGAACGCUGUUUACUUCAAAGGUGACUAGUCAUCUAAAGACUGUUUAAGACAAGGAUUCAACUAAAGAGAGUACUUCUAUGCAUCAAACAGAUCAGAUGUUUGCAGUAAUAAAAGUGCCCCAACAUGAUCAACCAGUUUGUUUGAAUGAAAUUCCAACUGCCUUAUCUUGCCAAGUUUGUCAAUUACCACCAUAAUGGGAAUUCAGUUGCCAGACCUAGUUUGAUGGCUUCCAUGUAGGUCCCAAAAAGAUAAGCUGGGUUGGGUUGAGGAGCUCCUUACAUGGCUGUGUAGGUAAAAUGUAGAAUGAAUGUGAUCAUUUAAUAACCUAAUUUUACCAUUUCAAUAGUAUGUCCAUUUCUGUCUAUGUGGACAACCCAGUGUGAGUCCAGUUGAAGACUAACCAAGUAAGGGUCCCACAGGCUAUGCUUAAUGGGGGUAAAAUGUUCAAUGAAUCAAAUCAAGCAGGUGAGAUGAUAAGGUAUACCAAAGCUGUCUCUCUAAUGAUUCUAACUUUUUUGUGCUGGUCAGGUGAAUGGCAGACAAGGUUUGACCCCCAAGCAACGUCGAAGGGAGUUUUCUACCUGGACAACCAAAACUCAGUGUCGGUGGACAUGAUGAAAUCAGCCCAGUACCCUCUGCGUCUGCUGGAAGACACAGAACUGGAAUCGCAGGUAAUUUUUCAGCAUUCAUGGGUACAUCAUGGACGGUACCAAUCAGUUUAGAGGAUUUGGGCGUUGAGUGAAUGAAUGGCAAAUACAGCUGAUCCAGUAUUUUUAAGGUUUAGCUGCUCAAGUUUCAUUGGUGACUGAAAGAGUGAGAUCAUGGAAACAAGUGGCAACAUGAGUUUCCACCUGAAAGCAGCUGGGCUCAUGUUUAGAGACAGGUGACCAGGAUAAACAAGAGUUACUCCUGAAAAUCAAAAAGAACCAGUUGACUUAGGUGAAGUGUUUGAUCAAGAUACCUCCUGGUAAACAGGAUGAGGUUUUCCAGUUGUGUCAAACUCAGAGGAGACCCUACGAGUUAGACCAAGAGCUUGCUGGAAGGAAUAUAUAUCCUAUCUAGCCUGGGAACAUAUUCAAAUCCCUCAUGGGGGAAGGAUAUCUGGAUCAGCUUGGUCAGACCCUGCAUAAGUGGAGGAAAGAGGAUUGAACAGUGGAUGGAUCGCUGUUUCUGAAACAAAUCUUGAGUUGGUUUCUGGUCCACCCAUCAGUUCUGAGAUCUGGUUUGGAGUCAAAUGGCUUAAACAUGUAAAGUUAGACAACAGUCUCUCUGCAUUGCAACAUCUUUCUUGUUCCAACUGUUGCCGGGGUUUAGUUUGAUUGACAUAUGUCAAUCAAAAUAUUAGUUGCCAUGUCAAGAUUCCAGAAGAAUUAUGACCCAUUAAAUUUUGAUAUUUUACAUGGCUUUACAAUAUUUCAGGCCAUGUUCCUAGAGGCUUUAGAUCAGGGACAAGCAGACUGAUAGGUCCCAGGUGAAGGACAUGAUGUCCACCUUGCUUAGACAUGGUCUUCUUAACAGUCUUUAAACUGUGACUAGAUUAAGGAUAAUGCUCUAUAAGACACCUCAAGUUGUGCUGUCAUUUUUUUUAAUGCUUGGAGUUAGUUUAUAUAAAACAUAGACAUGAAUACCACAGUUUGUCUGCUUUUUCAAUAGAUCGCCAGUUUCCCCUUUAAAGGAAACACCAGCUUCCUGAUCGUCAUGCCGUUGCCAGGGGGAAGAAAUGUGUCAUCUGUGCUUCCGAAAAUCAACAUCUCAGACAUUUACGGACGUCUACCUCAGGAAACGUCAAUGCAGGUCAACCUACCUAAAGUGAAGCUGCAGUACCGCAAGGAGCUGGAGGAAGCCCUGAUCAGUAUGGGUGAGCUUCACCAAGGCUUAGUUCUCAAACGGUUCAAACACCUGGUGUCCACGUCCCUCCUGUUAAACAGACUUUUGGAAUUGUGGCUGUUCAAAUGUCACUUUAGCAACUCUGACUCUUUUCUCUUUGUCAGGCCUUGGCUCUUUGUUUUCCGGUCCAAACCUUUCUGGGAUUUCUGACCAUCCACUGAAGGUGUCAAGCGUACGUCAUGCAAGUACCGUCGAACUCAGCGAGGAAGGCGUGGAGGCGUCCGCCACGACUGUUAUAACCUCAAUGCGCUCUAUCUCCCUCUUCUCUGUCAACUCGCCCUUCAUCUUCGCUCUGGUGGAUGACGCCUCUCUGACACCCCUCUUCAUGGGUAUUGUCACAAACCCCGCUCCUGACAACAACCCCAUGCCCAGUGAUGAUCCUCAUGUUGGUAAUGGCACCCUCAGCGACCAAUCCGUAACAGAGAAUGUCGAAAGAGACAUGUAUACUGAUAAUAGCAACAGGUCAUGCAGUGAAAUAAUGCCAGGAGGCGGCAGCAACCUGCAGUCAUGUAGCACCCCCACUGGCGACAGUGGAAAUGGACUGGAGAAAAGCAACAGGAAAAAGAAGUAACAUCAAAAUGAAACCGUGUUUCACCUAAGUCCAUUCUGUACCUUCUCAGAGUGUCACUCAUAUUUCAGAAUAUAUCACAUCUUUGCAAACAUCCCUUUUCUUUAGCUAAGAGUCGAACAGAUGCGGAUACCACUCUCAUGUCUGUCAGGGAAUUAUAAAACUACAGCGAGUACAGUCGGCAGACAUGGGUGUGGUAUCAUUUUUGUGUAACUCCCUUCAAGAAGGUGAAUGAAAUGUUUCCCAAACUGAUAAAUGUUUCUUUAAAGACGAUUUUGGUGUUUGAGGACACAAACUUAUCUAUAAGCACCAAGAGGGGUCAAAAUUAUUAUUUGAAAUGAAAAAAUACGAAUGCAAAGCAGUCAUAGUUAUCACCGCUGAGUUUUGUAAGAAAGAGUGAGUCAUUUUUAUCAUCUUCUGUGACAAACUUAACAUACGCUGUACAUUUUUACAGAAAGGUGUCUCACUGACUGGCCUGGCAAACAGGUUUUGAUGCUGAUUUUAACAAGAACUACACCGCACCUGUUCGGACGAAUCAUAAAUGCGACUCUUUAAAAAACUGAUCAAACAAACUACACGGUAUUUUCUUUAUUUGUACUAUCAAUAAUGUGUUGAUUGAAAUUAGAUACAAAGACGAAUAAAAACAAAAGUUGACUCACAAAAG